AUGGCUUCUGACGGACUGCAAGAAAAAGCAAAUUUUACAAGACUCAGUAGACUUUUAGUUGACAAAGGAACUGAGGCUUUGAGAAAUACAUUUGAUACCAUCCAUCCACCUGUUAGUCUACCCGGAGUACUGGCUGCAAACAAAACAUCUCUUCAAAAGUUAAAACCUCGAAUUAUUAAUAAUUCUCAGUGGGAUUUACUGUUUCCUCCGUCUGGCAACCCACCAGAUUCCAAAACGUUUGAUGUCACAUUACUUACAGUUCUAUUCCGGAACAUUUGUGGUUUUCCAUCAACAGGAUGGGGUGUAAUGCCUCCGGAUACUGAUAGAUCAACGCAAGCGAAUAUCACAAGAAUCAAGUGUUACAGAAAUGAAGUUAUUGCACAUGUAACAACAACUCAAGUUGACAAUUCAACAUUCGAGUCUUUAUGGAAGAAAAUUGCCGAGGCAUUGGUAGAAUUGAGCAUUCCACAGAGUGAUGUCGACGAUUUGAAAACUUCAUCUUUGGAGCCUGACGAUAAACGGUAUUCCAAAAUCCUUGAACAGUUGAAAAUUCAUGAAUCUUUGAUUGAUCGUUUGACACGAAUUACAGAAGAAUACCGCGGUGAAAGUGAUGAAGAUGUCUUGCGAAAACUUGCAAAGCAUAAUUUUAGGUGUAAAAUUCAGAGAAAAGCUGAGUUAUUCCAACCCGGAACAAGAGAGUGGUUAUUAAAGAAAGUUGACGAGUGGUUUCAUAAGAAUGAUGCGAAUUCAAGAAUAAAGUUAAUAACGGCUGGACCAGGAUUUGGUAAAAGCGUGUUUGCCGCUAAAAUCUGUGAAGAUUUUGAGAAGAAUGGAAAGCUCGCUGCUUGUCACUUUUGUGAUUUCAGUGAUUCAAACCUAAGAGAUCCUAUGGUGAUGCUGCAGUCUCUCGCAAGUCAGAUGUGUAAGAGCGUCCCUGGCUUUAAAAAUGAGCUCCUUGAUCAAUUACAGCGACCGCAUCAAGUCAAAAAUCUCAGAGAUGCUUUCCAAAUAUAUUUACAAAAUCCCUUAGCUGAAUUGGAAAUAAAAGAGCCACGUUUAGUCGUGAUCGAUGGCUUGGAUGAAAGUGCUGCUGAUAAUAAGAAUGAAAUUACUCAUUUGAUUGCUGAAUAUUUUCCUGAUCUUCCCGAGUACAUCAAAAUCUUGGUGACGAGCAGGCCAGAGAUUUCCGUUGCUGAUCUAAGACUAAGAGACGAUCAAAAGACGAACAUUGCGAAUGUUGACGCCAACAAUAACUCAGAUCUUGAUCUUUACUUUAAACAAUGUCUUCCAAAUUUAGUCGGCAGGGAAGUACAUCAAAGUGAAGUGAGCCGUGAUUUGAAUGAGUAUCCAUAUCUUUACCGUUUUGAGCAAAAUAAAACUAUUAGUUUACUUUCCAUAUUUGUUGCCAAAUGCCAGGGCUCAUUUCUCUAUGCAUACCACUUUCAAUCUGGGCUAAGGGCUCGCUAUGAUCUUGAGAAGAUAACAAAUAAUGACUUUAUGGAGUUUCUCCCAGAAGGACUGCAUUCUGUUUACGAACGAUAUUUUAAACGCCUUGAAGACGAGCUUAGCGACAUAAAACAUGAAAAGUUCGAUGUGUUGAAAAUUUUGGAAAUGCUGGCUGCUUCCGAAGAAGAUCUUCCCCUCACUUUCGUCGCUCAGGCUUUUGGUUUAGCUCCAGAUUGUCGCGAAACGAAAGACAUCAUCAACAAAAUUAAUGAAACCGUAUCGUGCUUGUUGUACGUUUCAGAUGACAUGUUAACCGUUUUUCACAAGUCCGUUAUUGAUUGGCUUCUAGCAAAGGGCUACAAAGAUCACCAGUAUUCUGUCAAAGUCGAUGAUGGACAUAGAUCGCUUUGGCUUUUAUGCGAAAAGGGUUUUAAAGAAAUUAAAGAUAAAGCUGUUCACUCAGGACUUGAGGUGAAGUUUACUAUUGACGUGGAAUAUGCUCUGAGAUUUGGUUUAAAAUAUCUAGAAAAGUGUGAAAUGGAGGAAGGUGUGUUUUGGUCAGUUGAUGUCAUUAUCGUAUGUUAUAUGUUAACUGUAAUCGGUUCAUAUGAAUUGCUGCGUUUCUGGCUCACAAUACUGCAAUGUUCCUGGGUUAAAAACGAAGAUUUACGCGCCCGCAUUUCGUACCAUGUCAUUGAAUCUGAGUCUUUGGAACAUGCCUUGGAACCCGUGAGAGGAUAUUCCCACUCUUUAAAACAAGUUUAUUCGACAAUAUUUUCACAAUCGUAUUUACAAGAGGUUCUUACCCGUUCUCCAGAAGGUUAUUUCAGCGAUGAUGAGAAGAAAAUCGCGGAGACGCUACCAUCAAACCUUUCACCUUUGGUGGAGUCGAAUUCUUACAAAGUUUCGGUUUUGCCGCGAGCAGUCUGGAAACACGGUGACUUGGAUCAUAUUACAGCUGUUGCUUUAUCUAACGAUGAAAAAAGUGUAGCAGUUGUAAGAUAUAAGUUUAUCCAUGUGAUAUCCCUACCAACAUUAGUUGAAAUUAUGAGUUAUUCAACAAAAUUGAAAAGAAUUCCAUGCUGCAUAUUUUCUCCAGACGAUUCGCUCAUAUUAUUUGGUAAACUGGAAACAGCAUUUAACAUUGCUGGAAAAAAGGAAGUUCCAUUUUUCCCUGGAAAUGAAGAGACGUUCCUGUCCUGUGCAUUUUCCCCGAACGGCAAAAAACUGUGUCACAGGGUUAUUUAUUAUUGCAAAUUCAAAUCAUCUUCGUUUUUGUGUUUGGAACGCCAUCACAUUGCAAAGAAGUGA